AUGACACCAACGAAGGUGAUGAAGCAUCGAUCUCAUAAUAAGUUUCACCGUUCCAUGGAAUGUAAAUCUCUUAUGGUUGAACUUGGACAAUCAGGGUUGAAACCUAGUAUGGUUAAAAAGGCUAUUAAUGCAAUGAAAACCUCAAAUGAAGCCGAUGUUACUUCAAAGCAAUGUGUUGAUGUCUUAUUCGAGCAACGAAAACAACAUAAAGGAAAAGAGUUUUAUGGACUUAUAAAACAUUUUCAAGAUAAAACAUUAGUUGAUAAUGACCAAGAAUGGGUAAACAGUGAAACCAUUGAAGAAUUUGAAGCCACGUGGGAAGUUAUACGUUGCAAAUACAAACUAGAAAUGCAAUUUGACAAAGCAGUUGUGUCACGAAGGGCGGCCGAAGAAGAUGAAGAUUUCAAGACUAUGAAUUCGAGGUCGGUUCUGUCCUCAGUACAUCCAAUUGAAGCAAAAGCAGAUAUGAUGCCACAGUUAUCUAUCCGUGAUCCUCUUGGUCCAACUACUACAAAAGGGCAUCCUAAAGUUGCUAGUAGAAUCAAGUCUCCUUUAGAAGCCCCCAAAAAGCGAACGUGCUCUUACUGUCAAGGAUUGGGUCAUUACGCUAGUAGUUGUUCAAAAAGAAAGGCAGAUGAAUCGAUACAUGAGAAAGAAAAAUGA